GAACGAAAGUCUCCUAUAUAACAUGCCCUCAGUGAUUAUGCAUACUAAUCACCUUCUAAUUCACCGCUUUCCUCCACUACAAAACAUGGUUAGUGUCAAGUAUAACGGAACUGUUCUCGCAGAGAGUGAUAAGACUGUGGUUGUGGAGGGAAACCACUAUUUCCCCCUUGAUUCCGUUAACCGAGAACAUUUCAAAGACUCCAGCACAAGUACUUUCUGCCCAUGGAAAGGAACUGCAUCCUACUAUUCCUACGAGUCUGCCGGUGACAAAGUCGACGACAUUGCUUGGUACUAUGCGCAGCCGAAAGAAAAGGCAGCGCAAAUUAAAGAUCACGUCGCUUUCUACAAGAGCAAGGUCGAGAUAUCCUCCUAAAUGCCGCUGGGGCGUGUACUUGUAUUGGCUGGAUCUGUAAAUUACAAUGAGUUUGAUGAAAUGUACUGUUGUUAGCAUCACGGCCAGUGUAAUUCUAACGGUUGUUGAAGUAAUAGAAUUCACAACAGGAGUAUGGACAGAGCCUGGUCGCAAUGAGAUAU